UCUCUGGCGAUCUUCUUCACGUCGGUUAUGCCCGGCGGCUCGCUCGGUGAAUGUCUUACUCAACCUCUACCCCUAUUCUUUCAUUCUUAAGCUGAACGUUUGGGGUAUUCCGUUGCGUCCUUUUUGCUCUUUACAGCGUCAGCGAAUUCUUUGCGACAGCGCGUUUUAGAUCUUGAAAAGCUACCAGAAUCAAUAUGGCCACCGACGGAACAUUGCCGGACUCGAAAGUUGAUGUACUCAUCAUUGGUGCUGGGCCCGCGGGGUUAAUGUCGGCUUGCUGGAUGGCCCAUUGCGGUGUCACAACUCGUAUAGUCGAUAAGAGAAACAACAAGAUCUACUGUGGGCAAGCCGACGGUCUGCAAUGUCGCAGCUUGGAAAUAUUCGACAGUCUAGGAUUCGCAGACAGGGCAUGGAAAGAAGCGAAUCAUAUGAUCGAGAUAUGCAUGUGGAACCCUGGGCCUGAUGGUGCUAUUCGUCGUUCAGACCGCAUUCCGGACACGAUCGUAGGGCUUUCGCGGUUCCAGCAAAGUGUCAUUCAUCAGGGACGGGUUGAGCGCUUCUUCCUCGACAACAUUAAGAAAUACUCAAAGAACACCAUCCAAGUCGAACGUGGGGUUCUCCCAGAGUCCCUAGAAAUUGACGAGACCAAGGUCGAGGAUGAUUCUGCUUAUCCGGUCACUGUGAAACUACGACAUCUCACCGAGGAAGAAUCUACCCCUGAGCAGCAAAUCAAUGGAAGCAAGGUUUCGGACGGCAUUUUCCGAAGCAACUUGAUCCAGGAAGAUGAUGAAGAUGACUUGAUUCGGAAGAGCAAGUCAAGGGCUGGAACAGGCGAAGUUGUCCAUGCUAAAUAUGUCAUCGGGUGCGACGGUGCGCGUAGCUGGACCCGCCGGGCCUUGGGCUUCGAAUUGCAGGGCGAGGCAACCGAUUUCAUUUGGGGUGUCCUGGAUAUUAUCCCAAUCACCGACUUUCCCGACAUUAGAAUGCGAUGCGCAAUCCACUCUGCCGAGGAUGGCAGCUUGAUGGUCAUCCCUCGAGAGAACAAGAUGGUGCGGCUGUAUAUCCAGCUGAAAGAGGUUACCCCUGACGCUUCGGGCCGCGCCGAUCGAUCUAAGAUCACCCCUGAAAUCAUUCUGAACGCUGCACAAAAGAUCAUUAGUCCGUACAAAAUCGACUACGAAUAUUGCGAUUGGUGGACUGCCUAUCAAAUUGGCCAGAGAGUCGGCACAGACUUUGAUGCUCACAAGCGAGUCUUUCUUGCCGGAGAUGCCGUGCAUACGCACUCUCCUAAGGCCGGCCAAGGCAUGAAUGUCUCUAUGCAAGAUGCUUACAACCUUGGGUGGAAAGUAGCCCUGGCUUCAAAAGGCAUUGCGAAACGGAGCAUCCUGGGCACCUACGGAAGCGAAAGACGUCGCAUAGCUCAAGACCUCAUUGAUUUCGACCAUCGAUUCAGUAGACUAUUCUCUGGGCGACCAGCUAAGGAUGUCAUGGACGAGGAGGGAGUUAGCAUGGAAGAAUUCAAGGAUGCCUUUGAGAAAGGCAAUAGGUUCGCAUCCGGCUUAAUAGUUAACUACGGACCCAGCGAGCUCGUCAUCAAGGCCCCUGAACCGUCUGAAGAAGGCGAUCAACGCAAAGUGGACGGCUCAGCUGUAACGGGAUUAUCGGCCGACGCCUUAGCGAAAAAGCAAGCCCUAGCCCCUGGCCUUCCCAUAGGGAUGCGCUUCAAUAGCUAUAAAAUUCUCAACCAGUCAGACGCCCGGCCAUGGCAUUUCCAAGAAAGGCUCAAGUCGAAUGGUCGAUUCCGUGUCGUCCUCUUCGCCGGCAAUAUCCUGAACCUCGAACAGGCAAAACGAGUUGAAAAGUUUUGCGAGGCUCUCGACGCACCGACCAGUUUCUAUCGGACCGCCAACCCCGCCGGCUCGUCGCUGGACACGGUGAUUGAAGUGCUGACAAUCCACUCAGCCAAGAGGACGGAGACAGAAUUGCUACGAGACUUCCCCGAGGUCCUUCAUCCCUUCGAUCCACAUACCGGAUGGGAUUAUGACAAGGUAUUUGUAGAUGAUGAGAGCUACCAUGAAGGUUUUGGUGACGCCUACGCGAACUACGGCGUGGAUAAGGAGCGAGGUUGUGUUGUCGUGGCGAGGCCUGACCAGCAUGUUGGAUGGAUUGGCGAACUCGAGGAUUUCGAAGGCUUGCAAAAAUACUUCGAAGGCUGUCUUGUCCUCGGCCCCAAGGUAUGAUUUAGACAGUAUUUAUAUCCAAAGAUCGUGUUCGAUGCGAGGCAUACAUUAGCAUGGGCAUGUAUAAGUCAUGCCUGCAAGAUUAUAGAGUUAGAAAGUGGAAGUAUUCACUCCUUAUGCAUCAUUCAAUACUC